AUGGAACAAGGAAUUAAAGACAAUGCAGAUAUUGGUAUUCAAAAGUUUCAAAACAGUAUACUGAGGAAGGUUGGGGUUGAAUCUAGUUAUUGGAAAGCAUUAAGGGCAAAAAGAGUAGCAAUGACCAAGAUAAGAGACCAAGAUGAGAAAGAAUACACCCAAUUAUGGGAUUACUGUGAGACCCUCAGAAGCACUAAUCCUGGAACAAAGGUAUUGCUUAGGAAGUUGUAUCUUUCUGACCCCCCAGUGUUUGAAAGAAUGUUUUUCAGUCUUAAAGGCAUGAGGAUGGGAUUUUUAGAAGGUUGUAGACCAUUGAUUGGUCUAGAUGGCUGUUUUCUCAAAACACCACAUGGGGGGCAACUGUUAUGUGCAGUUGGUAGGGAUGGGAAUGACAACUUAUUCCCAAUUGCUCUUGCUGUGGUUCCUAUUGAAAACAGGGAGAUGUGGACAUGGUUUCUGUCUGAAUUGUUGGAUGUCAUUGGUGGUGCUGAGGAUGGGAAGUGGACAUUUAUUUCUGAUAGACAGAAAGGGCUGUUGGAGACCAUUAAGGAGAUUGCCCCCAGGUGUCCUCACAGAUUCUGUGUUAGGCACAUAUACCAAAAUUUUAAACAAAAAUGGACUUCAUUAGAGUUAAAACAGUUGUUGUGGAGGGCUGCUUCAACAGGAAAUACUAAUGAAUUUCAACAACAUUUGAGGGCAAUUGAGAGGAUUGAUGCAGGGGCAGCCAAAUGGUUGAGGGAGAUAGAGCCUUACCAUUGGUGUAGAGCUUAUUUCAGAAGAGGAUGCAACUCUGAUGUAGUUGUGAAUAAUCUGUGUGAGUCUUUCAACAACUUCAUUCUUCAAGCAAGAGAGAAGCCAAUUGUUAGUAUGUUUGAGUGGAUCAGAGCAAGACUAACAACCAGAAUUCAGGUAAAAAGGGAGGGCAUGGAGAAGUAUGAGGGCCAAAUCUGUCCAAACAUACUUAAAAAGAUCAACAAGUAUGAGAAAUAUGCAAGAAACUGUUUCCCAAGAUGGUGUGGGGGAGAUGAAUUUGAGGUUGAAGCAUAUACUGAUAGAUAUGUGGUUCAUCUUGACAAGAGGACCUGCACUUGUGGUAUGUUUCAGCUCAAUGGAUACCCAUGCCCCCAUGCAUGGACUUGUAUAUUGGACAGAAGGUUGAAAGUAGAAGACUAUGUGGACCACUGUUAUUCAAAAAGCAUGUAUUUGAAGGCUUAUAGUCACAUGGUACAUGCAGUUCCUGGACCAAGAGACUACAUAAUCACUUCACAUGAGCCACUUCUACCCCCAAUGUACAAGAAAAAGGCUGGGAGACCUAAGAGGUUGAGAAGGAAGGCCCCUGAUGAGAUUCAUAGGACUUCAACAAGAAGAGGCCUCACACAUACAUGCAAGAAUUGCCUUCAGCAAGGACAUAACCGGGCAUCAUGUAAGAAUCCAACAAAUCCAGCCUCUAAAUUUUACAAGGGGAAUUCCAGUGGUGAACCAAAUGUCCAGACCACUUCUGCACCAACAGCCCAAACCACUUCUGCACCAAGAGGCCAAACCACUUCUGCACCAAGAGGCCAAACCACUUCUGCACCAAGAGCCCAAACCAGUUCUGCAACUAGAGGUCAAACCACUUCUGCACCAAGGAAAUCCACUACCCCAAGUAACCCUUCUGCACAAAGGAACUUCACUGCACCAAGGUCUCAAAGUACUUCUGUUGCACCAAGUACUGAAAGAAUGGCCCAAGCAAAUGCUGAAACAACUGCUGCAGCUCCUAUUUCUACUCAAGAAUCAGGAGUAGGUUUGGAAAGAGCACAACAGCCUUCAACAAUUGGAAAGGUGUAUGUGGGAAGGAGAAAUGCAACCCUACUUGGAGGAAGUUCAAGCAACCCCAUUGCCAAUAAAAGGAUAAGGAAGCCAGAGAUCUCUCAAGUUCUGCAAAAUAUAAGGGAGAAUGCCAAGAGAAGGAGACAGUGGAAGCCUUAG